AUGAAGUCUGAGCAAUUGAAGACGAAUAAAAGAAGCUUGUUGAUUGAAAACAUGUAUGAAGUGAAGAGAAGUAAGCAAGAAGAUUGGAAGAAGAGGUAUGGUGAUGGGGUUGCUUGGUUGAGAGGUGCAAUGAUCGGCAGAGGGAAUUUCGGGUGUGUUUUCGCUGCGAAUUUGAAGAACCCGAAAUCGAGAUACAGCUCGUAUCCGCCGGUUAUGGCUGUGAAGUCUGCAGAGGUCUCUGCUUCGGGUUCUAUUCAGAAGGAGAAAGAGGUUAUGGAUAAUCUUCGCGGGUGUCCGAAUGUUAUUAAGUGUUUCGGGGAAGAAACGACGGUUGGGGAUAACGGUCAGAUGGUGUAUAAUUUGUUGUUGGAGUAUGGGUCUGGUGGAACAUUAGCUGAUCUUGUUAAGAGUUUGAACGGUGAAGGAUUGGCGGAAAUUGAAGUGAGGCGUUAUGCUAGAUCGAUUGUUUACGGGUUGAGUCAUAUUCAUAAGCGAGGGUAUGUUCAUUGUGAUUUGAAACCCGAGAAUGUGUUGCUUGUAUCCGGUUGUAGAACGGGAACGGGUGAAUUUGUUGCUAAGAUUGGGGAUUUGGGAUUGGCUAAGAGGGUGAAUCAUGUUAAGAAGAAUAGAUUAAGUUGUUAUUGGAGAGGUACCCCGAUGUACUUAUCGCCUGAAGCGGUGAUUAACGGUGUUCAAGAACCGCCUGCUGAUAUUUGGGCUGUCGGGUGUAUUGUGUUUCAGAUGUUGACCGGAAAACCAAUUUGGUUUUCUGAUCAAGAUUUGGGUAUAGAGGAGAUAUUAAGUCGUAUAUGUGAUGAAAACGAUAUGCCUUUUGUCUCUAGCGGUAUGUCUGACGAGGCGGUGAGUUUCUUGAAGGGUUGUUUAUGUAGAAAAGUUAUGUGUAGAUUAACGGCUAAUAUGCUGUUAAACCAUCCCUUCUUAAAAGGUUUAGUCGAGGAUAAUGUUAAUGAGAUUGAAGAAUCACACGAGGUUUUUGAUAUAUACGCCAUCACCUCAUCAUCAUCGUUUUCCGACGAUGAUGGUGAGGAUGCUGAUGGUGACGAUGACGAUGAUUUGUGGUCGUCUUCUUGUUCUGACGAAUCAAGCUAUAAUCUAUCUUCUUGGUCCGAAUGA